ACGUACUUUCAAUUUCGUAACGGUGGAAUUUUCUUUGUCAGAAUACCAGACUCUUGGAAAAUUCCAUGUUGGAAAUUACCUAAAUGUUUGUCACUGAUAAUAAUACGCUUGAUGCAAGCUCAGUAGUUUUGGAAAAAUUAUUAAUAGACUGAAACGACAUUAUUUGCAGUUGAUAGUGGGUACAACUUGAACACGAAGACUCCGUAAUAAAGAUGACGAUUUUGACAGCAGGUGCCUGUUCGUUUAUUGUAAGCUCUUCUGGACAUGUGAUACCAGCGGCUGUAGGGACCGCAGCUGGCGCGGUAGUGACUGGUGUUAAGCUUUGGGUCCAGACGGAACCAGUCAAGGUAGCUUUAUCAACCGCCGUAGGAACUGGAACAUCAUCGGGUGCUAUUGCAGGGGCAAUCGCCAGUAAAACCGCAACCAGUGCAGCUGCAGGAGCUCUCCUUGGUGGUAUUUCCGCGGCGGGUAUCGGAUCUAUGAUGGCUGGAGGUCUUGCGGUGGCGUCAGGGGUUGUUGCUUCUAACCCAAUAGGGUUACUGGCGGUUGGAACCAGUCAUACUGAAGAGAAAGACAGAAUUACAUAUGACUGCUGGAAACCAGUUCUUCAUGAUACGUCACUGGAAUCGUCAAAUGGAAUGAUACUGAAAGAUUUGGUCUGUCAUCCAAACAUUGCCAAUGUUACAGUUACACCAAGUGUAUGCCUGCCGCAAAUCGUCAUUGAAAAUGUGUGGAACGAAAAGUUUGAAAUUGAGUAUGUCGUACAAGACUCGGAUAAGUUGUCUUGUCACGCGAGGCCUAUGUUGAACUGAUUAAAUCAUUAUCUGGUUAAUGGAACACGAAUGACAAGAUUUGUUACUGUAAAUAAUUCAUGUUCAAGGGUCAUAAUGGUUUAUUCUAUUAAGUGACUGUCACAUUUGUUUCAUUAUAAACACACAGUAUAUGAAUUUCUUAUUUCCUACUUUCGGUGGUAAAUAUCUCUUAAUAUUUGCCAUAAGUCUGAACAUGCUAUUUAGUAGAAAUAUUGACGAUUUAUCCCACAUUUUGAGCAACUCCGAUAUUUGCUGUAAGUCUGAAUAUGCUAUGUUAGUAGAAAUAUUGACGAUUUGUCCCACAUUUUGAGCAACUCUAGGUCUAAAUAUGUUAGGUUUGUACAAAUAUUGACGAUUUUUCGGAUUUUUCCCACAUUUUGAGCAACCGUAAGUCUGAAUAUGCUAUGUUAAUAGUUCUAGGGGCUAGUUAGCCCCUACUUUUGGGAGACAAAUUUCAAACAACACCAAAUCAUAGGAAGAUAGUAUUGAACAGCAUAUAAAACAUGCAGAUUAUUCUACGAAACAAUUGCCAGUCUACAGAUAUAUACACACUGAAUUCCGGAAAAAGACUGUUCAACACCUUUAAACACGAACUGUAACAUACAUAUUUGCAAAAAUGUCCCAGUUCUGAAAUUUCACAUAACGAGGUAGAACGUACUUUUCAGCAGUUGUUUGUUUAUUUCUUUACAAAUGGCAUUCAUUUUAAUGGGGGAAGACUUUCUGAGCAUAUUUUAUGUAUCCAGUUGUACAGAACAGUACCGUAGAACAUGUAAUGGACAGGUAGAUUGUUGGUAAAGAUGUUGUUCGUUUAUAAAAUAUUUGAUAUAAUCAAAUGUUGGGAUUUUGUUUUAUAAAACGCAGACUGUGAAAGAGCAUGUACAAUAUUGCAAUGCUUUUCUAAUUAUGUAACUAUUGGUAGUCUCUAUUUGGAAAGCUGCUUUAUAUGUGUUUUACAAACAUUUGAAAGCAAUGUUAUUUUAACUGUUAUAAGUACAUGUAUUUCGUUUGUAGGUAAAGGUUAGAAUGUAUUACCAAUACAACACGUGGUGUUAUUAUUGUUCUAGAGCUUCCAAUUAUAACAUAACUGAAUAGUUUCCUUUUCAAACAGGAUUAAGAUAUUUACAAAACACGUAAAUUUGUUGUAUUGUAUCAUUGUUUAAUCUAAAAUAUUAAAAAAAAAAAUUGAA